AAGCCAAGAAGCAAAGAAGGAUCAGGAGAGUGGAGAAAGAAUGAAAGAUCGGAAAUUAUAAAAGUGGGCCUAGUACGUACAAAGAGGCCAGUCGUUCACUAGUGUCCCGCUUGAAGACUACGCUUCAAGGAACUAAAUUCAUAACUGAAUCAGAAGAUUUUAUUUGAAAAAAAAAUGGGUGCCGUCGAAUGGGUAACUGAAGAGGAGACUUACGACUGUACUUUGUCGGAGGAAACACAAAAAAUAGCGAAGGAUGAAUUGAGGGAGGAUAAAAACACGAGAGAUCAAGCCCUGGCUCAAAUUAAGAACUGGAUCAAGCUUAAUCCACGAAUCGAAAAUUCCAGAUUGGAUGGACGAUUUUUGCUGCGAUUCUUACGAUGCAAAAAAUUCAACGUACCCAUGACUCAGGAGGCCGUCGAAAGAUAUCUUCUUUUGCGUCAAGUUUAUCACCCAGCAUUCAACAAUUUGGAUAUUACCGAAAACACAAUGGAAGAAUUACUUGCUUUAGGAUACCUUUUCGCGGUUCCUGGACGUGAUGUUAAGGGCCGUCGUGUGAUUGUCGCUAGACCCGGAGUUUUUGAUCCGUACAAAUAUACAAAUGCUGACAUGUGCAAAAUCCACGCCAUCACAUAUGAGUCCUUGAUGGAAGAUGAAGAAAGUCAGGUUCGGGGUUUCGUUCAUUUCGCAGAUGGUGCAGGUGUCAGCUUUCCCCACUUAACCCUCUUCACUCCAAAAGAAGCAGUCCGUAUCGUUAAAAAUGGCGAACGAACUGUCCCAAUGAGACACAAAGAAGUUCACGCGAUCAACGUCCAUCCCUCGCUCAAGUUUGCCUUGGACUUUGGAAUGUCCCUGAUUUCCGAGAAGAUCAGAAGUCGAGUUAAAAUUUAUACGAGUCUGGAAGAUGCCAAAAAUAACAAGAUGGACACAAGCAUGCUGCCCAAAGAAUACGGUGGCACCAUGCCCAUGAAAGAAAUGAUUGAUCUCUGGCGUAAAGAACUCCUAGAAAUCCGACCUACUCUCUUAAGCCACGACAAGAUGAAAGUCCACCAGGAAAUGUAUCCAGAAAAAGCCCGAGAGGGUGCAGUUUCGGCCCUCAAGCAAGGACUGAAUUGUGCCUCUUCUGAAACCGGAGACCCAACAAUCCACGGAAUCAGUGGCUCCUUCAGAAAACUAGAAGUGGAUUAAACUAUUUAAUAGAAAAAUAUUUAAUUCUAGGAAGAGGGGGUAGUUUAAAGUUAUUUGUUAAUUAGUGUAGGAGAUAAUACCUUUAUCAAUUUCCAUUGAAUUGCGAGUGCUUGAGAAAUUUCGCCAAACCACGGAAAGCAUCCUGCACGCAAUAAAUGGAAUUGCUGAAGAGAAUGCUCAAUGACUUAAUACCAUGUAUUCACACCGCAUAGUUCAAUUGCCGUUCUAGCUGUAUAUUACUGUACACGCAUACUAGAUUUACUGCUGUACAAUAUAUUAUUAUUGGAUUAAAUGUACUUUAAAA